GGUCUAGGCACUCCCAAACCCGAAGAGCUCUACCGCUUCUUACAGAGGAUCCUCUUCGAGAAUGGGGUAGCCUUCAUGGUCGCUCCCUACAGUGCUGCAGCUCAACUAGCAUAUUUGGAGAAGGGCCCGCAGCAGCUGAUAGACGCCGUGUUUGGAUCCUCCGACAUUCUCCUUUUCGACGUUGAGAAGCUCAUUACGAGAAUCGACUUGGAGUCGUCUCAAUUCUUCUGGAUCACCAAACAAGCUUGCCAGGAUGAUCUCGGGAGGCUGUCCAGUGAGCAGUUCCUGGACUUUGGCCUGCUUCUGGGCUCAAGCUUCCUCCGCACAUUCCCGCCGUUCGAGAACCCCGCAUACCCUGGGAAGACUCUGAACAUUCGCGAUGCAUUGGCCAUGUUCAAUGGGGCGGGGCGGAGUGCGCUCACCCUGUGCGCUCAGUUCGAAGAGGAUCGCAGAGUGCAGGAGCUGCAGUAUCUUGACCGCUACAAGCGAGCUUACAUGACCGUGAAACACCAUGUUUUCAUCGACAUUGACGGCAAGGUCGGUCCGAUGGAUCAAGAACACGCACCGUCCGACAUGCACGAAUUGAUUGGACAACGAUUGCCCGAGGAGCUUUACUUCUACUUGUCCAAGGGAGUUCUGGGUCCCAAUAUCCCUAACUAUUUGACCUCAGGCGAGGUGGUGGUGCCCCUGCCUCUAGGUGUCGAAGAUUCUGAAAUCUACCGCCAUCUUACGAGCGAUCUUCUCACGCCUAUUCGCACCCAAGCCAUCUGCCUGCUCUCCAACUCGCUUCAUCGAUUCUACCAGACCAAAGUGAUCAACGUGCGCACCUGGUUCGAUGACAGCACCGAUCGAUCUAUCAACCUCAAGACCUUACCUUCCGUCAAGGAAACUGUUCAGAGCUGGAAAAUCAAAAGCGAACAACUCCCUGAGGGGUUGAAGAAGCUUCAGACCCCUCGCGCUUCGUUCAAAUUUGCUACUCAGUGCCUGAAGGAUUCAGAUUUUGUUUCCAAGUCCUUCGCCGGCAAAGAUGCGCCUCCGCUGUCGUCGCAAGAUGACAUUCUCUCCAAUGUCUUCUGGAGGUUCCUGCAGCUUCGUGGAUAUGUGGAUGAGAAGCACCAGCUUACUGCCUGGGGCACAUGUCUUGAGCAGGCGCUCUCCGUGCUCGAUCCCGCUUCGAAUUUGGAAGAACCCGCCUUUCUCGCUAUCGAACUGCUUCGUUUGGGCAUCUUAGGCCCGAAGGACUGGUUCUCACACAUCUCAGGCGGUCCGAUGAGAGGCACAGACGAGGAAAAGACUUAUAAUCUAUUGAUUUCGCGAGUCGCGUGCAUUGGGAAACUUCGCCACAAGAAUAUCGGCUAUUCAGGACCGCUCAGCAGACAGCUUCUUUCCUUCCGAUCCCUGGUCUCUGCUGUCCGCUCUACCUUGAGGGAUUUGAUUGAAGUGGUCUUGGCUGGGUUGCUUCUCAGCGGAGAAGCGGAUCGGGAAAUUACCAGCUUGACUGAGAUGAGCGUCAAGCUUCCUUUCAUUAACGACAAUGAUUGCGGUCUUGGUAUUGCAGUCCGCACCUACUUGGACGACCUUCUCCAUCAGAACAACCCGACGUCGGCGGAGGCCCGGGCUGAGGUGAAGUCGAAGGGCAAGGAAUGGUUUCAGCACAGCGAGAGCUUUACUGCCAACCUCGAUUCAGCGUUCCAGUUGUGGGAUGCGAUCUACAAGGGGACGCAGAGCGCCGGCAAAGAGUUCAAGGACGCGAAACUAUGGGAGGAUGCGAACAAGUGGCUGGCUGAGAGACGGUGA